CCUCUCCGCGAUCCCGGCGGCGCCGCUUGUCCGCUCCGCGAGUGCCGUGCCGUUCCGUGCCGUAUUGUCCCGGGUUACCGAAAACCGCCAAGAUUCGGGUGAAGAAUCGUGAACCGGUGCCGGCGUAUGCCAUGGCCGACGCCGACCGUGACUCGGAUCUCGGAGACGACAGUCCCGUGUCAGCGCGGUCAGAGGGUGAAUCGUCUGGCGAGCAGUCCUGCGAGAGCUCCGACGAGGGCGUCGGGCGGGACGCGCCGCACCAGGCCUCCCACCAGCCGCAGCACCCCCCCAUCCAGCACCCGCCGCUGCACCAGCCGCAGCACACCAUGAACCACCACGUCAACCACCAGACGAUCAACAAUCAUCAGAUGAACCACCAUCAGAGAAAUUCGCCUCGCCCGCUUGAGAGGGAGUUGAAGGUCCGCGACGAUUUCGAAUCCCUGAAAUCCUCGCUGCAUCCGCACCUGUCCUCGCUGGCGUCUCUCGCGCAGGGGGCCCCGCUCUCAGCUCCCACCAGCGUGUUCGCGCUGGCCAGCGGCGGGGCCCCGGGGGGCUUCCCGUACGCCCCGCCGGCGUUCCUGGCCCCCGCGCCGCCGCCGCCUGCGCAGCCCGCCGGCUCGGCGUCCUCAUCGUCCUCUGAGGGCAGCGCUGCCGGGUGGAGCUUUGAGGAACAGUACAAGCAGGUCCGUCAGUUGUACGAAAUCAGCGAUGACCCCCAACGGAAGGAAUUCUUAGAUGACCUCUUCUCCUUCAUGCAGAAACGAGGCACACCAAUCAACCGGCUGCCGAUAAUGGCGAAGUCGGUGCUGGAUCUGUACGAGCUGUACAACCUGGUGAUCGCGCGCGGCGGUCUCGUAGAAGUGAUCAACAAGAAACUGUGGCAAGAGAUUAUCAAGGGACUACGACUCCCAUCCUCCAUCACAUCAGCUGCCUUCACUCUGCGCACACAAUACAUGAAGUACCUGUAUGACUACGAGUGUGAGAAGAAGAACUUAUCCACCCGGAGUGAGCUGGACGCAGCCAUUGAGGGCAACAAGCGAGAGGGGCGGAGGGCUUCAGGACAGUACGACGCGCAAGCCGCGCUCGCAAUGUCUUCCCCCUUCCAGCCCCCGCUGAACCGAGUCCCCGCGUCGCUGGCGCAGCUGUCUCAGCACAUGCAGCCGCUGUCUCUUUCCCUCGGAGGAGUACCGCGCCUGCCGCCGCUACCGCCUCACGCGCCCCACAUAUCGCAGCACGAUAUUGAGUACCGAGUGAGGGAAUACAUGAAGAUGAUCCAGACGCAGAGGGAGCUGAUGAGGAAUGGUUCAGAAUCACCCCCCGGCUCCGGCCCUACCCCUAUGAUGUCCCCACGAGAUGCCGCCGCGCUCAGUGCCAUAGACGUGUCAAGGCUUACGCUGUGGUCGCUCUACAACAACAACAACAACAACAGCCCGCAGCCCGACCUCGAGCCCCAACGACCAUCUUCUGCCAACAGCGAGGCCCUGAACCUGAGCGAGAGCCCCAACUCUUCGCUGUCGGGCAUCAAGCGCGAGGCCUGCCGCUCGCCGCCCCCGCCCGCCAAGCGCCGCACCCCGCGCCCGCCCUCCCCGCCGCGCGCGCCCUCCCCCGCCGCGCGCCGGCAGCCUGCCGCCGCAGGUCAACGGGAACGGAGUCAAUGGCGCCGCGUUCAAGAUCACUACCAGAGGAGAUGCCAGCACGGGAGACCAGCAACUAGUCGUCUCCAUCGAGCUCAACGGCGUCACGUACGAAGGAGUUCUCUUCCCCUCACAAAACGCCAGCGGACAAAACGGCCACCGGCAAAUGGUCUCCUAGGCAACGAGUCUUGCUAAGGUUCCCAUUCUCAGCUCCUGAUCGUUAUGCAGGGAUGUUAUGCUCUUCAAUGUUCACGGCUAGCCUGUGUUAGAUGCUUGCCAAGAUGCUGUCUAUGUAAGAAGAUGCUUGGUCAAGCUCGAACUCGAAGCUUAGCCCAAGGGAAGAUAUGAUUUGCACACGGUCUAACUCGGACGAAUUGGUCUAUUCAGAAAACCUUCCCCAGUCUCUCUUGAAAGCAUAUCAUUAGACAUAUAAUUUCGUAGUUUAGAUCUCAAAGUAAUUUAACAUUACAUAUCAUCACACGUAGGUUCGCUUGGGACUGGACUUCACUUCCUUCAGUUCAUCGAAUGUUUCAAACCAAGUACAAAACUCUGAUCAUACCUACAAGUACUGUAGAUUCAUCUUCUAUUGUGAUUUAAGUUUUUGUACUUCGAAGUAUUUACGGUUCUCGAAUAAGUAUUAUAAGAGUGUCACUGCCGGAGAAGCGUGAAGUUAUUUAUUAAUAAUAAUUUCAUAUUUUUGUUAUUGUAUGAUAUUUUAAUAUUAAUAUUUUUUUAUAAAAGCGGAGGAGUGACUUUUUGUAAAUAUAGUUUUACGUUAUUUAUAAUUCGUUUAGGCAUUGACGGAUGUGUGGUCGAUGAUGGUUUUAUUUGUGAUGUACAUUUCUGUAAAUACUUGUGUAGAGACGUUUUAUACACCGCCAUAUAUUGCGUAGGUAUGAUUGUGAUUAAAUAGUUUUCUUAAACUGGUGUAUAUUUUAUACUUUGUGUCGAUGUCAGUAUUGUAUUUAAUGAUAGGUAGGUCUACGGUAGGCGCUCGGGCCGCGUUUUCUUUACCCGAAAGAAAAAUUUUACCUUAUAGACAGAAAACCUAUACCUACUCUUCUCUGUAAACAAUGAAGGUUUCCUCUGAAAUUUUAAAUUGGAUGAGAUUCACGAUAUAUCUGAUUUAUGAUUGAGAAAAGCCUAAAACACAGCUUCGGGAAACUUGUUCAAUUUCAACGGUCGAGUGGAAAAUGUUCUCAUUUCAAUCAACUCGAUAACAGCUUUGUGCUGGAGAUGGUUAGCAGCAUCGCUUAGUGACACAGCGCGCAACUGUUCGGCGCCACUGCAACGUUUGACUGUUACCAAACGCCUGGGCUGUAAAUUUAAAAAGUUGAAGGCCAAAAGAUUAUAUCCUUGUCUAUUGUUCUUGUGUGAAAACAGAUAGGAAAUACAUGAAUUUUCGUUUUCAAUGUAGCCUGAUGCCCUGAGUCACGCCGCGAUUUUGCAGGUCAUUUCCCGGCCGGAGUGAGGGUGGCUCGAAUUUGAUUUUCAUUCGGUCAGUGAAAACGCAGCUUUAAUGGAACAGCUUCAAAUGCAUUGUAUUCUCGAAUCACUGAAUUAACUCAACAAUUUUAUUUUGGUAAACUUUCGUAAGGAAAGCAAUCGGAUUAUUUAUUGAAUUUUCUGAAUUGAUAACACCGGUAAUGAACGUUAAAACAAUUUUUUGAUCGCAUUAGAUAAUAUUCGUCGGACUUUAAUUAAGUAAAAGCCUAAGGCCGUUUUCACAUUAUCCGAUCCGAUAUCGGAUGUCGGACCGACAUCCUACAUCCGAUAAACGCUUCUGAUAGUGUCGGAUGUCGGUCCGAUAAAACGCAUUGUUCCAAAUCAAUG